GGCAGUGUUACAUGAUGAAACAGAUGCUUUUUUCAUACAAUAAAUUACUUCAAAGGGAAACUCAAAACUGGGUGAAAGACUAAAAUCAUAAGGUUUUAUGAAAAAUCUGUGGAAAGGCAUAUCAGUUUAAAGAUAGAUAUAUAAGGUUUCCCAAUCAGACUAGCUAAGAUUAAUAAAAUGGAUGCAGCGGACUUCUGGCAACAAGCUCGCGCACCAUUCGGAAUUCAAACUGCGCUUCAACAAUAUAAUAUACCAUCGAAUCAGCCGCACAUCCUUCAAAAACUAUCGGAUGUACAUGUAGGAGACAAGGAAGUGCCGAGUGCAUCUUCUGUUGGCAGUACCAUCGCAACCAAUCCGCCACCACUUCCAGUAUCGGCUGGGAAUCAGGAAUCUAACUGCAGUUCAGGGCUGCAAGUGGGUUCACAGAUAUUGAACAAUGAAUCUUUAAGAGGAUCGCAACAACCGACCCAACAUCCAUCGGCGCAGCUAAGCAAUCAUCAACUACUGCUUAAUGCUGCGGCAGCUGCUGCUGCUGCGGCACACCUUAAAUCUACAACCUUUCAAAAAAACAUUACCACACUUGGAGACCAAACGAUACCUAUACUACCCAGCACAACAAGAAACACCUUAGGAGUGAUCAAGUCUAAGCAGGAUUUGGAUUUUAAACCUUCUAUCCAUCAUUCACUUGACAGUAGUCACCAGCAAAAUACUCAGAGUCAGCUGCAGCAGGCAUAUGGGGCAGAAUUUUUUAACGUUGGUUGUGAAGCAGCCUCCGAUGCAACGGAAGAUGUUCCCAUUACCAUGGGUUCCGCCACCACCAAGUCACAAUCACAUCCUCGAGCUCAGUUAGAAUCUAUUGGAGGCAUGCAGCCGCCACAUGGGCAGCCUUUAAGUCCGGUACAUGGAAGAGUCUUGGAACUGGGAACACAUUCCGGGACAGGAGUUGGGGGGCUUAACAAAACACUGUCACAAGGCCACCAAUCGCCCCAGCAUUCAGUUUCGACGUCUGGCGGCAGCUCAACGCCCGAGAUUAAGUACAAUAACGAAAAAAUGGCCAACGAAAUUCAGCUUCAACUAUCACGGUCAAGCAGCGCAGCCGCGAUCAGCGAACGCACCCUUGAAGAAUGUUGGUCAACCCUGCAACGACUUUUUAUGCACAAAAGCGCCAUGCAGCAAAUUCAGCAGCAGAUUCCCCGGGUUGGCCUAGGGACCCAAAGCGUUACUGUAGCGUCUAACUUAGUUGGUGGUAAUGUCACGCCAUGCACAGACACUAAGCCACACCAGUGUCAGCAAUGCAUGAAGAGUUUUUCAAGUAAUCACCAGCUCGUCCAACACAUUCGGGUACAUACUGGCGAGAAACCAUAUAAAUGCUCCUAUUGUGAUCGUAGAUUUAAGCAACUGUCACAUGUUCAACAGCACACGCGCUUGCACACGGGAGAACGCCCUUAUAAGUGCCACUUGCCAGACUGCGGUCGAGCCUUUAUACAGCUCUCAAAUUUGCAACAGCACCUACGAAACCACGAUGCUCAGGUCGAACGGGCUAAAAAUCGACCUUUUCACUGCAACAUUUGCGGAAAAGGUUUUGCCACCGAAUCUAGUCUACGCACACAUACAUCUAAAGAGCUACAGUUGCAUCUUGGUGUCUUGCAGCAGCACGCAGCUCUUAUUGGUGGUCCGAACGCCACAUCUUGUCCUGUGUGUCACAAGCUCUUCCUUGGUACUGAGGCCCUUGUGGACCACAUGAAACUGGUUCAUAAGGAAAAAAGUUCUGCACAUGGUGUAUCAGCUUUAGCGCAAGUGAGUGAAGUAAAUCAGGGAGAAACGGAAAAAGGAAAUGUACAUACAGGAACUGAACCGAUUUCCAUGGGCGCACCCGAUUUAAACUGUACCCAAGUAAGCCAUCCUACUACUGCCAGUGUCCCCAAUUUGAUUGACAGCUAUAUUGGAAAACGAAGAACAGCCAACCAUCCCUGUCCAGUGUGUGGAAAACAUUAUGUUAAUGAGGGCUCUUUAAGAAAACAUCUAGCCUGCCAUGCUGAGACCUCACAGCUUACAAACAGCUUGCGCAUGUGGCCCUGUAGCGUUUGUCAAGCUGUCUUCACUCAUGAAAACGGUUUGCUCUCUCACAUGGAGUCAAUGCGGAUGGAUCCCAAACAUCAAUUUGCAGCCCAGUACGUCUUGUCUCGUGCGGCAGCUGAACAGCGAGAGCGAGAAUCCAUCCUAGCAGUAACAUUAGCAGCAAGUAGCGGCGGGAAUUGUGGAAGAAUAGGUGUGGGAGAUACCGCAAAUAUUUUAUCCAUGGGUCGCAACUCAGAAGGAUCCAACUCAAAGUGCCCUUCUCCAUUGGCUAAUUCCGAAUGUUCAUCUAAUGGACGCCUAUCCUCAUCCACCGCUUCCGAUCAAGAUAUUGAACAUGGACUUAGUGAAACUGAAAACAGUAACCAGAACAACAUUAGUAGCACAAACAAUAACAAUAGUUGCACCAACAAUAACAAUUGUAAUUCUGGAAAACCGACCGAGUUUCGUCUACCCGGUUGCAGCCAAUACAAUAUAGAAACAGAUCUACACGUAGCAAACCAAAUGUCUCUAAUGGCAGCAGCUGCUGCAGCAGUUGCAGCAUCGCGACCGCAGGACGUAGCUGACGGAACGGCAGUUCCCAAUGCGGCAGUCCAAGCAGCUGUAGUAAAUCUCGCUGCUGCUAUGCGUAUGAACAAUUCCAGCAGCGGCUCCACCGGUUACCAGCAACAACAAAAUGAUCAAACGCAUUCACAUACGCAUCUGCACCCGCAACAUCAGCAGCAACCGCAAGGCAACCAAAAUCAACAGUCGCAAUUGUCACAUUUUUUAGGAAAUUCACAUCCACCCAACUCCAAUUGUCUCCCUCAACGUUCACCGCCAAUAAGCGUGCCAAGCUUGCACAUGCAUAGUGAACCAACAUCUGCUGCGACAGUCGCUAUGAACAUGAAUGUUCACAUGAUGCGCGCCUCCGUCGACUCAGACCCCUCACUGGUUGGGAUGCAUUCUAUAGAUGCUCUUCAUCAGCACCACCAACAUCAACAUCACCAAGCAUCUAAUUAUUCACAGCAUUCAGUGAUUCCCACAUCCCAGCUCUCACACCCUCAUUUGCAUCCUAGUUCUCACCAACAAGAUCCGGAAGCCGCCCUUCGGCUUCACCAUGCAGAAGCAAUUUUGCGUUCCCAAACGGAAGUAGCUUUUAGGUUAGCUUCUGGACCGGGAGUAAAGAGCGAGUCCGAACUACAGAAUGUGAAUGGUAAUGAACUCGUAAAUGCCAGUAUUAACAGAAACGAACCGCAGCAUCGCUUCUCAACACAUCAGCAGGAACACCAAGUUCCUUCGAACUCCUGAGCCACAUAUAUAAAAUCCGCUAAGGCGGAGGUGGGUACGAAUUGAAAAAAAUUAAGUACAACGACGUCAUAAUUACGUUAACUGCAGUUAAAAAAAUAGGAUUAAUUUAAUACCUUUGAAUUUGUAAGAAAAAACUUUGUUUAUUUACGAAAAACGAUUGAUAUAAAUGAGAUUAUGUUUGUAUGUAAGUUUAUACCCCAAAACCGAAAUCAGUAAACUAUAAUCUAUUCAAUGUGCAAUAUAAAAGC